AGGGCUGAUAUUACUGAGAUUAAUUUUUUUCAAGGUUGAUAUUAUAAUUACCAAUUUCUUAAGUAACCAUUUUAGAAUUUUCCAUUAUUGAAAAAAAUAGUGUAGUAACCCAAAAAUCAUUUUAUUACCUGUAUAGAGUGACACUAUGUGACAGGAACAUUGGUAGUGUGAAAGUACAAGUGUUAACCAGAAUGUUUGAAUAUUAUUACUACAGCACAGCGUUGCAAAGCACUAGCACAAAGUUUGAAAGCGAUGAGUUGAGAAUUGGUGAGAAGAAGUGUGAAAAAUGUCUGGGGGAAGAUAUGAUAUUUUUGGUGUGAAGCAAAAGGCCCGUGUUAAAAACAAACCAUGCUUCCAAUUAGGAAAUAACUUUCACUUGAGGUUAUAGAGGAGGGAUGUUGGAACAAGUUGCUGAUUUGUUGCGUGACCUCUGGGUGCACCAAAACGAAAUCAUUUGCAGGGGGUGACAAAGACCAAAUUCCUGAAUUUCUUUAAAUGCCUCCUUAGAGGCUUUUCGAGACAAACCAAGAAAUAAAACACGUUUUACCCUUUCCCCCUCCCUCUCUUUCACAGUAUAAAUAGUGUUCAGAGCCCUCCAUACACAAAAAAUAGGAAUUCUCUCUCUGUCUCACAAAUAGGAUCCAGAAGACGAAAGGAAUAUGGGAGAGUCCUGCAGGGAGCCGACCCCCUCCUCUUUGCGCUCUCCUCCCCUCUUCCCCAUGUUUGUCAGAAGUAACUUUGUACUCACUGGACAGAGCAGGGCCCAUCAAUGAAGCCCAUUCACCAGAGGGACCUUUAAAGACCCCAUUAUUUCCUCCAUUCACAUGGUUUCAAUCUUGUCGAGAGGAAUUCUCCACAUAGUCUUAAGUGAAGGGAGACCCGCUCUCACCAGAACACAAGCUGUAAAACUAGCCAAACAAUACAGGAGCAGGACAGACCCCACAGGAACACAGGAGUGAAAAAAAAUCGUUAUUAGCUGGAAAAAAAGGUGGAAAGGAGGGAGAAAACACUCUGUAAUGGGAAAUUGCAGUAGAAUUGUAUGUUGUUUAAAACUCUUGCAUGUACCGGGGAAUAAAUGGUGUACAGAUGGACAUCUGGCCCCUUUUAAGAACAUGGCUACAGUGCUUCUACGGAGGACCUUAUGGUUGCCAGAAUUUCAGGCACAUUUUUGAUAUUUAAUUUUUAUCCCAGGCUGAUGUUUUGAAGUUUAUUAUCAGUGGAAGUUGUGUCAUUAUUUAAUUAAGUUUGAAAGUCUAUCUGGUGACAGUUACUCACUCCUCAGGUUAACUUCUAGAGGUCAGCAUUGUUGUAAAGCUAUGGGCCAAGUGUAGCAGUCAAGAUCGCUGCCUUCUGUAUGAACAGCCAACAUGAGCGUUUAUCUACAAUGUCAUAACUCACCACGUAUGUUAUGAAGGGAAAAUCGAAUUUUCCUCAGCGUAAUACUUUGGCUGUAGCACAUUACUGAUGGAGCAUUUGGAUUGUGUGUGUGUGUGUGAGUCACUGACACUGAUUUUUUUUCCUGGCAAGAGUCAAGUCAGGAAUUCAAGUAGACAUCCUUUAUUAUCAGCCAAACCAAAUCAUUUGCAACCAAAGUAACCAGACAAAAGUGCUGCUGACUCCUGCUUGGAAGUAGUCACAUAGAAACCUUGAUUAGAGUGUCUGUUGUUUGGUUUUUUAUAAUUCUGGAGGAACGUGCCGAAGUAAGAAGACAUGGCCCAAGACGUUCCCCGAGGAGGAGCUGAGGAAGCGACUGACCCCAAUGCAGUACCAUGUAACUCAGGAAAAGGGCACAGAGAGUGCUUUCACAGGAAAAUAUACAGAUAAUAAAGGGGAAGGAAUCUACCAAUGUGUCGUUUGCGGUGCCCCUCUUUUCACGUCUGACAAGAAGUUCGACUCUGGAUCAGGAUGGCCGUCCUUUUUUGAUUUGAUCAAUAAGGACUCUGUUACACUAACUGAUGACUUUUCAUAUGGAAUGCACAGAGUGGAGACAACUUGCAGUCAGUGUGGUGCUCACCUGGGCCACUUUUUUGAUGAUGGACCUCGACCAACAAAGAAACGCUACUGCUUAAACUCUGCUUCUCUCAAUUUCCGGGCAAAAAACAGUCCUUCUGAGGAGGUGGAAGCAUCCGGAGGAGCAGGUCAAUCACCACCUUCUAGAGAUCAGCAUAUAAGGAAAUUUAGACACCCUGUGUGUCCUCUUUGGGUUAACUGCAGAGGUGUGCUUGGUGAGCUGCUGAAAGUCCUUCAGGUCAGGAGAGGUUAAGUCAGCCUCGCCAUCCUCUUUGGAGUGCUGUUGUUUAGAGAACAGAGUGGUUGGCCUUACUCUGAGAGUGUGGGAAAAAUUGUCCAACGGGCCUGUCGCUGAGAGCGUUUAUGUUACCAAUGCAAUAAAGAAUAUUUACAAGUCA